CCGAGGGGGUCCCCACCACCAGCCGCCGGCCUGCAAGCAGGUCUCCCCCGCCCUCCCCACCUCUCCCCGAGCGCGCGGCCAUGGACAGGCUGCCGCCGUCGAUGCGCAAGCGAUUAUACAGCCUCCCGCAGCAGAUCGGCCCCAAAGCGUCGAUCAUGGACGAGGAGGACGAAGAAGCCGGUGGAGGAGGAGGAAGAGGAGGAAGCGGCUGCAGUGGAGGCGCGGACAAGGACGCCCGUCGCAAAAGCAUCAAGCUGAGGCCCCUGGCGUCGGCGCCGCCAGGGGGAGCCCGGGGGCAAGGGGCAGGAGAGCCCUCGAGGCCCGGCGUCGGGGAUGCGGGCGGCGGACUCGUGGAAAGCGGAGAGGCGGCGGCGGCGGCUGCCUCGGGGGCGCCGGGCUGCCGGGGCAGCGGCAAGAGCAGCACCAACGGGGACUGCCGGCGUUUCAAGGGGAGCCUCUCGUCUCUGGCCAGCCGCCACCCGCACGACUCGGGCGAGGAGCGCCGCCUGAUCAGCAGCGAAGGGGACGCGGCGUCCCCCGGCGACGAGCGCAGCCCCCCGGACCUGUCGGACACCGAGCCGGGACCCCCCGCUUCCUCGACCCCGGCGGCAGCCUCGUCCUGCUCGUCCCCGCCGGACCCUCCGCCCCCUCCCUCUUCGUCCGCCUUCGUGAAAGUGGAAGGGGGCGGGGGUCCCGAUGGAGCGGGUGGGGGCGCCGACCAGAUCACCCCGGACGACGAGCAGCGGCUGGGCCAGGCUGGCUUCAUGCAGAGACAGUUCGGGGCGAUGCUGCAGCCGGGGGUCAACAAAUUCUCCUUGAGGAUGUUUGGCAGCCAAAAGGCCGUGGAGAGGGAGCAGGAAAGGGUUAAGUCCGCCGGCUUCUGGAUCAUCCACCCGUACAGCGAUUUCAGGUUUUACUGGGACUUGACAAUGCUUCUCCUGAUGGUUGGCAACCUGAUCAUCAUCCCGGUGGGCAUCACCUUCUUCAAAGACGAGAACACCACCCCAUGGAUUGUUUUCAACGUGGUCUCGGACACCUUCUUCCUCAUUGACCUGGUCCUCAAUUUCCGCACGGGGAUUGUGGUGGAAGACAACACGGAGAUCAUCCUUGACCCGCAGAGGAUUAAGAUGAAGUACCUCAAGAGCUGGUUCGUGGUGGAUUUUAUCUCCUCCAUCCCAGUGGACUACAUUUUCCUGAUCGUGGAGACGCGCAUUGAUUCGGAGGUUUACAAGACGGCCCGAGCCCUGCGGAUCGUGCGCUUCACCAAAAUCCUUAGCCUCUUGCGGCUCUUGAGGCUUUCCAGGCUCAUACGCUACAUCCAUCAGUGGGAGGAGAUCUUCCACAUGACCUAUGACCUGGCAAGCGCCGUGGUGCGGAUCGUGAACUUGAUUGGCAUGAUGCUGCUGCUGUGUCACUGGGACGGCUGCCUCCAGUUUCUGGUGCCAAUGCUCCAGGACUUCCCUGACGACUGUUGGGUUUCACUGAAUCGCAUGGUGAAUGACUCCUGGGGGAAGCAAUAUUCCUAUGCGCUGUUCAAGGCUAUGAGCCACAUGCUGUGUAUCGGCUAUGGGCAGCAAGCCCCAGUAGGCAUGUCCGACGUAUGGCUCACUAUGCUGAGCAUGAUUGUCGGGGCCACCUGCUAUGCCAUGUUCAUCGGCCACGCCACAGCCCUCAUCCAGUCUUUGGACUCCUCGCGUCGGCAGUAUCAGGAGAAGUACAAGCAAGUGGAGCAGUACAUGUCCUUCCACAAGCUCCCAGCUGAGAUGCGCCAGAGGAUCCAUGACUACUACGAACACCGCUACCAGGGCAAAAUGUUUGACGAAGAGAGCAUCUUGGGAGAGCUGAGUGAGCCAUUGAGGGAGGAGAUCAUCAACUUCAACUGCCGGAAACUUGUGGCCUCCAUGCCUCUGUUUGCCAACGCAGACCCCAAUUUUGUAACAUCCAUGCUGACCAAGCUACGUUUUGAGGUGUUCCAGCCGGGCGACUACAUCAUCCGGGAGGGGACGAUCGGAAAGAAGAUGUAUUUUAUCCAGCACGGAGUGGUGAGUGUGCUCACCAAAGGCAACAAGGAGACCAAGCUGGCUGAUGGUUCCUACUUUGGAGAAAUUUGCCUGCUGACUCGUGGCCGGCGGACGGCGAGUGUGAGAGCCGACACUUACUGCCGCCUCUACUCCCUCUCGGUGGACAACUUUAAUGAGGUGCUUGAGGAGUAUCCCAUGAUGAGGAGGGCUUUUGAAACGGUGGCCCUGGACAGACUGGACAGAAUUGGGAAGAAGAACUCCAUCCUGCUCCACAAAGUCCAGCACGAUCUCAACUCGGGCGUCUUCAACUACCAGGAGAACGAGAUCAUCCAGCAAAUUGUGCAGCACGACCGAGAGAUGGCCCACUGUGCGCAUAACGUCCAGGCUGCCGCUGCCGCCGCAUCAACACCCACGCCGGUUAUCUGGACGCCACUGAUCCAGGCCCCUUUGCAAGCCGCAGCGGCCACCACAUCCGUAGCAAUAGCUCUCACCCACCACCCUCGCCUCCCAACGGCCAUUUUCCGCCCGCCCGUCUCUGUUCUGGGUUCUCUGGGGCAGGCCCCGAACCAGACUCCGAGGCAGCUGAGGAGACUUCACUCCUUGGUGUCUUCGGCCGGGCCUUCCAUCGUGGGCUCCCCUUCAAGCACGCAAUCCCAGCAGCACACCCCGGGGGCAGACACCCUCUCAUCGUCCUCCUUCCAGAUCCAGCAGCUGGCUGGCUUCACGGCCUCGGCUGGCUUGGGCCAGUUCCACCGGGCUUCGGCCGGCUCUCCGUCGGCUGCCUUGACUCAGCAGCAGCCCUUGGGGAGCCCGUCCUCGGCAGGCCUGGGCCUGUUGCACCAGGGGCCUUCGGAUUCCCCAGAAGGGGUGGCUCAGCAGCAGGCUCCCGACAGCAAUCUCCUGAGCGGCUUUGGCCCCUUCCAGAAGGCCCCUGCUAGUUCGCCAUCCACCGCCUUCCCCCAGCUAUCCUCCAAUUCCCCCAGCAGCCCCCUUGGCCACACGCAAGCCGCUUGCAGCAACAAGCCCGCCCAGCCAGGCCAGGCCCAGCAGCUCUCAGGGACUGGAGCCCUGGGAGGGACGAACCACUUUCCGUUGCCUCCCUCCUCAAGCUCACCACCCUCCAGCUUAAGCCAGCUGGCACAGGCCUCCGGAGGCUCCCCGUCGGCCUCGUGCCAAACCCAGCCAAGUGCAUUAGGACCUUCCGCUUCUCCUGCUGCGACCGUAGCUCAGUUGCACCACGAAAGGUCACCCUUUGCCUCUAUGUCUCCUUUGAAACAGCCCACCGGUGCCCCUCCUCCGCUGUUCCCACCCUCAGGCCUUAGCCCUCCUAGUCAAUGUGCUGCAGCCAGGACUUUGCAGUGUGCACCUUCUGGGGCAAGGGGCUCCCACGGAUCUCUGCUGAUGCCUCAGACCUCCAGUCCACCUCUACAGGUCCUUCAGCCCAGGAGUACGCCGCCGCCGCCGCUUCCACCGGGACGGUUAAGCCAGGACCUCAAGUUCAUCUCUGCUUCCCAUCCAUCUCUGCCCCACGAAACGGCUCAGACUUUAAGCCGAGGCUCUUCUCCCCACUCCUCUAGGGAAUCUGUUUCUAGUUUCUCAUCUUUCUCUGGAGGAGGGGGAGCAGGAGGAGGAGGAGGGACCAGGCCUCUAGGGAAGCCAUACAGCUCUGUACCAGGGCGAGUGACUCUACCACGCCAGAUGUCCUCAGGUUCACUGCCUCCACCACCUGCAUUUGAGGCCAGUUGCGCCAUCCCCCCACCUCUGACUGCUGUCGUGACUGCUGUCGAAGGGAGGAAAGGGUCUAUAGGGCUCACUGGGGAACGAGAGCCCAUCCGAUCGAAACUGCCCUCCAAUUUGUGAGAUGCUCUCCUCCUCUCCCCCUCAACUACAUUUUCUGGCCGCCAUCCCUCUUGGCCACAGUUUGGAGGAGCCGGUUUUAUUUCAUUUGUGCUUUUUAGAUCCCAAUAGACUUUUACAUGACUCCCAUUUUCUUCAUUUGUUUUCUUCAAGCUAACUAUGAUUAGAGGUUUAAAAAAAAAAAAGGGAGAACAACAGCAGCAAAAAAGAUAACCAGGUAUUCUUAGAGCUAUAGAUUUUGAGUCACUUUCUUUUAUAGAGUAUUUUACUACACGGAGCAAAAGAUUGGGGGGUGGGGGAAGGAAUGUAAUCAAUAUGUGAUAAUAAUAAGAACAACUCAGAGAGUAGAUGUGCAGCUGAUGUAAAGGAUAAAGAUAAGAAAAUUGGCUCCCUUUGGAGAAACAGAUCUCUCAUUGAUGUAAAUCAGUGCCAGGAAUCCCGUGU